AUGGGAAGCGCAGCCGAAGACCAUCCUAAAAACCAGAGGCAAGGUAGUAGUAGUAGAAAAUGCCAGCUCAAGAUGAUUCUUCUUGUCAUUCUCACCAACCUUCUAACCAUCUACAUCUUCUCUGGCGCAUCUUUCAACCUCAAAUACUUGUCUGCAUACACCCACCACCUCCCUCUUCCUCUAUGGGACUCAACCUCCCUCUCCGACCAACUUAAUUCCACCGUAACUCAACUCGCCGCCAGCCAUUCCUUAAUCGCCGAGCUCCACGCAAGGCUCAAUUCCACUAAUCUUCUAGUUCAAGCACUCCUUAUCGAGCUCGCUCGCCAACAAGAACAAAAAGAUGAUACUCAUGAUCAACUACUCAGUGAUUUCAUGAAGAUUGACAAUGACGAGCUCAUUCAAGCAAUUGGGUCUCACAAACUCCCACUGGGACACUCGCCGCGUACCGGGUCCGACGAGAUCUAUCCGUCGGUCGGAGCAGGAUGCCUGAGGUUCCAAGAGGAGUUGACUCAGUACAUGAAAUACGACAUUGGCGGGGAAUGCCCGGUAGAUGAUGUUUUCGCACAAAGGCUUAUGCUUAAAGGGUGUGAACCACUCCCUCGCCGGAGAUGUCAUCCGAAAUCUCCAGUGGGUUACAAGGAGCCGACGCCGUUUCCCGAGAGUCUUUGGACAGUCCCACCGGAUUCGAGCAUCAUUUGGGAUCCUUAUCCCUGCAAGAGCUACAAGUGUCUUAUCGAUCGGAAAAAGGUUCCGGGGUUCUACGACUGCAAGGAUUGCUUCGAUUUAAAGGGAAGGGAGAAGAGCCGGUGGCUCGUAGACAAUGGUGGUCUGGAUUACUCCAUCGACCAAGUUCUCGAAACAAAGCCUCGCGGGACGAUCCGAAUUGGACUCGACAUUGGAGGAGGAAGUGGGACUUUUGCUGCGAGGAUGAGGGAAAGGAAUGUGACGAUCAUCACGAGCACCAUGAAUCUGGACGGUCCUUUCAACAGCUUCAUCGCUUCGAGAGGGUUGAUUCCGAUCCACGUUAGCGUUUCCCAGAGACUUCCGUUCUUCCAGAACACACUUGAUAUUGUUCAUUCAAUGCAUGUUCUUAGCAACUGGAUUCCAGACACAAUGCUUGAGUUUACACUGUAUGAUGUUUAUAGGGUUUUGAGGCCAGGAGGACUUUUUUGGCUUGACCAUUUCUUCUGUAUGGGUUCGCAGCUCAACGGAACUUACAUUCCGAUGCUCGAUCGGAUUGGAUUCAAGAAGCUUAGAUGGAAUGCUGGAAUGAAGCUUGAUCGUGGAGUUGAUAAAAAUGAGUGGUAUUUUUCAGCCCUUCUUGAGAAACCAAUGACCUAA